AUGCUGUCGACUAUAUUGAAACACCUUGAAGUUCAAAAAAAGGGUGAAGAAGGAGACUGCACGGGAGUUGAAGGUCAUGGUGCCCAGACCGAAGAUGUUGACACACCCGGUACACCUUCUUGGUUGAGGAUGCCAAAGGAGGAUGACACAAGUGAUGGGGUGAAACACGUUGAACUUCAAAAACAGGGUGUCGAAGCAAACCGCACGGAGGAUGACACAAUGGACGAGUUGGAUAAGAAGGUUCAUAUUGAUUUGGAGGAGCCAAUAGACGUCGUUGACGAUUUCAACGAGGAAAUUGGAGUAAAAAGUCUUACUUAUUUUGAUUCAGACGUCAUGGAAAUAGAACCAUUAUCCACUAAACGACCACACGUUCGGCCCGCACGUAGCAAGCGUGCAAGUGUAUACUUGUCAACCCCUUCACAACUUUAG